AUGGUUAAGGCAUCAAAUGCUCCAUGCGGUUAUGUCGCCAACUAUGAAUACAAUGGAAUGUACUACUGCACUAUCCAUUAUCGCGUUGCUCGAAAUGCUUCAUCUUCGGAGACAGCCAAACAAUGCGAAGGUAUGCGUAGUGGUAAUGUCCGUUGUCGGUUUAUCAGUAGGAAGCAAUACAAGGGCAAGACCUAUUGCGGCAAUCACCUAAACAAGGCAAUCAAAGAAGACAACAAAAGAACAAAUGAUGUGCCUCCUGCAUCGGCCAGACCGAAUCCAUUUCGGUUUGAUAGCCCACCCCGCUCUAGUGGUUCACCAGGCUUUGGUGGAUCCAGUCGUCCAUCGAACUCUCGUGGUUCAUCAGGCUUUGGUUCAUUCAAGGCCAAGUCAGUGCAACUACCGUCUCCAACCAAACCAUUAACGCAAGAAGAGCAAGACUUCUUUGAUAAUUUCAAUAUGUUUCUGACGAGUCGGCUUGACCCCGCCGAACUAAAGAAACGCGGAAGAAGCAUUCUCCUAAAGAUUCAUCCAGACAAAUAUCGUAGCGGGAACCUUGACGCCAAGACGAUAACGCAGUUUGUCUUGAAGCACAUGAGCCAAGCCUAG